AUGUUGGUUGUUGGUUCUAAUGGUAAGUAUGAAAUUACCAAAUUCUUGAACGAGUCAUGUGGGGAAGAGCUGUACCGGCGGACACUUGACUGCCCAUUGACGAGAGCGAUCGAAUGCGGCCAGAUAGAGCUCGUGAAGUAUCUGUACACAAACGGACGCAAAGCCACUAGCUUUGAAGAAGCAUUCUCAGCUGCAGUCAGCUAUAGGCCGUCAGAGGUCGUAGACCUCUUGUCCAGUGACGGACGGUGCAAUGCUGAAUUGAUAAACAAGGGUUUUGUACUUGCGGCUGGAGCGGGUCAACUGGCAAUUAUGAAGCUUCUUCAACUGAAACGAGAAUGUGAUGAAUCUACACUGGCAGAGGCAUUCAAAAAUGCAGCAGGAUGUGGACAACUUGAAGUCAUCGAGCAACUACCCUCUGAAGGAUACCAGAUUUCGUCUUCUACGUUCGAGGAAGCAGCAACUGUCGCGGGUGGUGGUGGACAUUUCAGUGUGCUGAAGUUGCUGGAUGGCAAGAAAAUGAGUUGGCGGUUAAAAUCUUUUUCAGUGCAGCCAAGGAAGAGGGGCUCAGAUGCUCGGACAUCGAAGAUCAAGUCGGGGGUAAUGGAGUUCCUGUACUCCAAAGGCGGUAUUUCUUCCGACGUGAUUGUUCAGGUAUUCCAGAAGCAGCAUGCAGCAGCUCUGUCGACGUCGUCAAGUUCUUGUAUACCUCCGUCAUAUGUGGUGGACGAAGCUUUCGAGAAUGCCGUCACUAGCAACUGUGACCGAGAAGAUGACGAUAUGUCUGUACAGCUACGGAUGCGUUUCAUGGGAGUUGUUGGGCGUGAGUUUGCGCUUCACGGAACCAGAACGUAA